AUGUGGCCAGGGCCGGAUAGGCGAAAUGACUCGGACGUGGCCAGAGACACGCAAAAUCCGCUCAAGGUGAAGAUUCCUAGCACUCGCGAGAUAGAUGGGAAUCGUAGUCCCGAAGACGACACACGCGAACCUCCUCGUUCCCCAGACGCAUCCCCGAAGGAAGGUAAACCACCGCGGCUGGAGUCGACCGAUGUCCACACCGGGUUUGUUCCUUCUCACGGUUUCGAUGGCGCUGCCUCGACGUGGAGUACAAGCUCAGAUAAGCAAUUAGGGUUCAACAGUCCCAAUGCCAAUCAGGAUCGAGUCUUUCCAAUCAGAAGCGUCGUUAGUGUAGAUUCCUCGCAGACACCAUACAUGGGAAUGCCCGGCCGGAAUUCAGGAGAUCAGGGAGAUUACUUUCCCUCGGGAGGAGUUCCUCCCUGGACUGCUGGUAAUGAUAUUGCUGUUAAUGCAGCCAUGAGAAGACGGCAGAGUCUAUCCACAAAUGGUAGCGAGAAAUACCCAGCGGCAACCCCACGGAAAGAGAGCAGGGAGAUUCGGCCACCAGAAGAACCGCCUAGACCGAGUCGGAGACUCUCUAGUUCGGGAUUGCGUCGCCCAGAGAAUAACAACGAUCGAUACGGCGGAGGUGCUCGAAUGCAGAUUUUUGGUGAUGCAGGAUCAGAUAAAUCUACUGAACUGUCGGGACAUUCAAGUUUGAAGAAUUACAAGGACACAAAUUCGCAAGGCACGGGGGCAUCUGUAGACGGAGACAGUAUAUCAGGUCUGGUCACGGCAAGGUUCAAGCACAUUGUCACAGCGGAAGGCCAUGCCGUCAUCACUGGCCGUGACGGUGACACACUUCAGCGAUGCGAAGACGAACCUAUUCAUAUACCUGGAGCAAUACAAGGGUUUGGUCUACUGAUCGCCCUUGAAGAGCAGGAGAGCGGUGAUUUUCUUGUACGAGUCGUCAGCGAGAACUCUAAGGCCAUCAUCGGCUUCACACCUCAGGAGUUGUUCAAGCUCAAGAACUUUAGUGAUAUUUUGAGCGAGGAACAAGCAGAGAAUCUGUUAGAUCACGUCGAUUUCAUUCGUGAUGAAGAGGCUGAUCCGGCAAACAACGGCCCGGAGGUAUUUACACUUGCAAUCAGGUCACCGAGACCACCGAAGAAAAAUCAGAAGCUUUGGUGCGGUAUGCAUAUUCAUCCUUCUUAUCCCGAUCUCAUCAUUUGCGAGUUCGAACUCGACGAUGAUCCUACCCAUCCGCUAGUUCCAGCAGACGACGCGGUCCCCGAGUCGCCGGAAGAUACACUUCACAGUAACCCCACAAACGAGGAAUACAAUGAAAGCACGAGUAUAACGAGUAAACCACUUAGAGUACUGAGGAGCGCUCGAAAACGAAAGGGUGAAGCCGCCGCAAUGGCAGUCUUCAACAUCAUGUCUCAAGUCCAGGAGCAGCUGGCCUCUGCGUCAAAUCUCGACACGUUCCUGAAGAUUCUGGUUGGUGUUGUGAAAGAAUUAACUGGAUUUCAUCGUGUCAUGAUUUAUCAAUUCGACUCAACUUUCAACGGACGGGUCGUGACAGAAUUGGUCGACCCUCGUGCAACGAAGGAUCUGUACAAAGGGCUCAACUUCCCAGCAUCUGAUAUUCCGAAACAAGCAAGAGACCUAUACAAAGUCAACAGGGUGCGCUUGCUAUACGACCGGGACUUAGAGACUGCUCGUCUUGUCUGUCGCUCUAUCGAAGAUCUCGAGCGACCUCUAGACCUAUCAUUCAGUUACUUGAGAGCAAUGUCUCCAAUACACAUAAAAUACCUCGCGAAUAUGGCUGUACGGUCAAGUAUGAGUAUUUCUAUUAACGCAUUCAGUGAACUAUGGGGACUUAUUGCGUGCCACUCCUACGGUAACAAGGGCAUGCGUGUGUCUUUUCCGAUCAGGAAGAUGUGCCGCCUUAUCGGUGACACGGCUUCUAGAAACAUCGAACGUCUAUCAUACGCCUCUCGACUCCAAGCUCGAAAACUCAUCAACACAGUACCGACCGAGGCCAAUCCGUCAGGUUAUAUCAUUGCAUCUUCCGAGGAUCUUCUGAAGCUUUUCGAUGCGGAUUUCGGUCUUCUAUCAAUUAAAGGCGAGACGAAGAUUAUGGGCAAACUGGAGCAGACCCAGGAAGCGUUGGCAAUGUUAGAGUACCUCCGUCUACGCCAAUAUACGUCUGUCAUUACUUCUCAAGACAUUAGAGGCGACUUCCCGGAUUUGCGUUACCCACCCGGAUUUACAGUUAUUGCUGGUCUGCUGUUAGUGCCGCUCAGCGUGGGUGGCACUGAUUUCAUUGUUUUCCUGCGUAAAGGGCAAAUCAAGGAAGUGAAGUGGGCAGGAAAUCCUUACGAGAAAUUUGUCAAGGAGGGUACGGAAGGUUAUCUCGAACCGAGAAAGAGUUUCAAGACUUGGAGCGAAACUGUAGUCGGGAAAUGCCGAGAAUGGACAGAAGAGCAGGUGGAGACAGCAGCGGUCUUAUGUUUGGUGUACGGGAAAUUUAUUGAGGUCUGGCGGCAGAAAGAGGCAGCGCUUCAAAACAGUCAACUCACCCGACUUCUGUUGGCUAAUUCUGCACACGAGGUUAGGACGCCGCUCAAUGCCAUCAUAAACUACCUCGAGAUUGCUCUUGAGGGUGCCCUGGAUCAGGAGACCAGAGACAACCUCGCAAAGUCUCAUUCCGCCUCCAAGUCUCUGAUUUAUGUCAUCAACGACCUCCUGGACUUAACCAAGACCGAGGAGGGUCAAGACCUCAUCAAGGACGAAGUCUUCGAUCUCCCAGCAACAAUUCGCGAGGCCACCGAGUCUUUCAGAGGAGAUGCGAAACGGAAGGGAUUGGAAUACGAAUUUAUUGAGCAUCCUGGAGUCCCACAACUCGUACAUGGUGAUCAGCGGCGUGUUCGAGGAGCAGUGGCCAACAUCAUCGCGAACGCUGUUCAGCAUACCGAUCAAGGCUGGAUUCACGUUGAGAUGUGGGCGCAAGAUGCUGUCGAUGGCAAGGCUAAUGUGGAAAUCAUUGUCCAAGAUUCUGGCGCUGGAAUGUCCAACGAAAAGCUGGACGCGCUGUUCCGUGACCUGGAGCAAGUAUCGACUGCUGAAUUGGACAUUUCCUUGGACGGAUCCGAGGAAACGGCGAGUUCGGCAGCUGCUCAACAGACCGAAGGUCGUGCACUGGGACUUGGGCUUGCUAUGGUAGCUAGAAUUGUACGAAAUAUGGAUGGUCAGCUUCGAUUGAAGUCGGAAGAGGGCCAGGGCUCUCGUUUCGUGGUCCAACUUCCCUUCUUACUUCCCGACGCCGAACCCGACAGAACUGAAAGCUCGGUCAAGAAGGAUCAUUUAUCGUUGCCGCCUGUAUCUACGCCCCCUCCACAAGCCGAAGAGGGCGAGGUUAUGCUCAUUGACCGGGUCAGCUCGGUCAAGUCGGACGGCGUUGCUCGAAGGCAAAGUCUUGAAGAGAUGUCCAGUUUACGUAGUUUCAAGAGUGGAUCAAGUAAUAAAAGUGCCCAAAGUAACAGAAGCGAGGCGGACAGGCUUAUCGACGCCAUAUCGGGAUCGAUUGCACAGGGUGAGCCAGAGUCUCAAGCAUCAAGUUUACAUCGAUCCAAUAGCAAGGGAAGCAUUCAGAGUCGCAGAAGUGCUGGAAGUCUUGGUAGCACCUCACAACGAACAUCAAUCUCCACAACGGAAAAGCCAGGUGCGUUGCGGCGCUCCAAGUCGUACGGUACACCGGGGCAUCUCCGCUCGCAUCUGGAAGGACCUCCUGGGUCUGAAUAUAUCACCGACAACCGAACUCUGAUGCAUGCUGUGCGGAUGCCUGACGAUUUCGAACCUGCAGACGAACAGGAUAUCACAUCGUCACAUUCAGCUACCCGUGUUUCUUUUAACAUACCACAGGCAGAAGAAGAGCCCGCUACCGCUAAAAUAGAACCACUCGACGCAAAAAGCCUCCAAGUCCUUGUUGCCGAAGAUGACCCUGUUAAUAGUAAGAUAAUUCAAAAGCGAUUGGAAAAGAGUGGGCACCAUGUUUACCACACCAUUAAUGGGGAGGAUUGCGCAUCUGCUUAUGGAGAGAAGACCAAAUUUUUCGAUGUGGUUCUGAUGGACAUGCAGAUGCCAAUUGUCGAUGGACUGACGUCGGCCAAGAUGAUCAGAUCGUUCGAGAAGGCGAAUCCUGACAGUCUAGCAACACGACCUUCUCUGAAUGGGCGAGUUCCAAUCUUCGCGGUGUCGGCCUCUCUUAUAGAAAAAGACCGCCAAAUGUACAUCGACGCUGGUUUUGAUGGCUGGAUCCUGAAACCAAUUGAUUUCAAACGGCUUGGUGUGUUACUAGAGGGAAUCGUGAAUGAGGACGUUCGUAACACUUGCUUAUAUGAAGCUGGUGAAUGGGAGCGUGGAGGUUGGUUCCAUGCAAGACGAGAAUCGGUUCGUCAAGCAAACACGAAGCCAUCCACACAUGCGCCAGUUCAUGGUCCAGCUCCAAAUGGGGCGAACCUCAAUCACUCAGAAGCAAAAUCUGCAAGCAGCAGCGACUCUGGACAAUCCGGAACAACCGUCACCGAGAAAACCAACAAAGCGCGACCGCUCAUCCACGAUGAACGACUGGACGGACCUACCACACCAGAAAAUAGUCCACCGGUAAAGUCAUCAGAAUCGUGA